GUGUGUCGAGCCAGGCAGUGGUGAUCUAGACACCGGCAGGGUGAGUGUGGUGAGUGCCUAGCCGCUGGCACUGUACUGGCUCUCUACUGGAGUGUACUGGAGACCUUGCGGACUGCGGGUGAGGGGCGCACGUGGGGGCCGUAAUUACCGCCACUCUCGCUACUGACUCAACCCAUGGCUUUGUUCGUCGUUUAUCGGUAAAGGCUGACUGAUUCCUGUCCCUAUGAGGAGGUUGACCGUCUGUUUGACAUAACAUAAAAGUGUGAGCUGGAGAAUGGAGGAAAGUAAUAAGGUCGACGGUGCAGGUGUGGAGAACGGCGGUGCUGUGGGGGCCAGGCGGCGCCGGGCGUCUCCUCCCACCUACCGCUUGUACAAGCAGCGAUGGGCCGUCCUCGUCACCGUCACCAUUCUCAACAUCUCCAACGCCUCCCUGUGGAUCAACCUGGCGCCGGUGGCGACCAAGGCAGCAGAGUACUACAAGAUGGAUGUGGAGGCCAUCAACUGGUUCAGCUUGGUGUACCUCUACGCCUCCAUCCCCUUCUGCUUCAUCUCCACCUUCAGCGUCAAUGCCCUCGGCCUCAGAGCCGCCAUUCACAUAGGAUCAGCGAUGAACUGCUUGGGAGGCGUGAUCCGGGCGGUGUCCACCUCGGGUCUCAUCACCCCCCUCCACGCCCAGUACGCCGUCGGCCUCACGGGCCAGACCAUCGCCGGCAUGGCCCAAUCGUUCCUGCUGUUCAUCCCCACCAAGGUGUCGCAGCUGUGGUUCCCGGAGCACGCCAGGGUCGUCUCCACCACCAUCCUCGCCCUCUCCAACCCGCUGGGAAUCAUGGUGGCCCAGAUCUCGUCGCCUCUGAUAGUGCAGGCCACUUCGCUGGCCUUCCUCAACUACGUCUUCGGCGGUGUGGCCUUACUUGCGCAGCUCUUCACCCUCGUCUGCAUCACCAGGUCAAAGCCGCCAACGUCCCCCAGCCAGAGCGCUGAGCGCGGAGACAAGGCUCGGGCGCCGUACCUGCAGCAGCUGAAGGAGACCUUCACCUGCGGGCCGUAUAUUCUGCUCCUGCUGGCCAUGGGGUGUGGCGUGGGGAUCUUCAACUGCCUCGCUACCGUCACUCAGCAGUUCCUCUGUCCCCUGGGAUACGAUGACGUGUUCAGCGGGAUGAGUAACGGCGUGAUGAUCCUCUCAGGCUUCGUGGGGUCGGCCAUCACAGGAAUCUUGGCUGACAGGACGAAAGCCUUUGCUCCUAUCACCCUCAUUGGCUACGGCUUCGCCUCUAUCUCUGCUAUCGUCAUGAUGGAGCUGUUCAUGGUGCCCGGCCAGCCCGUCCUUGUGGCCCUCUUCAUGGGUCUCUUUGGGUUCUUCGGGGUGGGAGCGUACCCUAUAGGUCUGGAGCUGUCGGUGGAGACCACCUUCCCCGUGGAGGAGUCCAUCAGCACCGCCUUCAUCUUCAUGUCUGGACAAGUACAAGGCGUGAUCAUCAUUGCCAUGGUGACCCUCCUCGCCCGGGACCCCAAGUCGGUGUACGAGGACAUUGAGGUCUGUACCCAUGGUCCAGACUCCAACAUCUUGCCCAAGGACUACACAGUGUCGCUAAUGGCGAUGAUGGCGAUGCUGGCGAUCAUAGUGAGUAUCACUAUCACCUUCUUGCGCACUCCAUACAAGAGACUCGAAGCUGAGCAGGCCUCCAGCAGCCUCAACUCCUCCAACUCGUCCUCCAGCCACUCCCUCACCGCCACCCCCAGCUACACUUCGGAGAACGUCAACGGCGUGGACACCUCCACCAAGCGGUCGAUGAUCACCGAGACCCCGUGGCCGGACGAAGAAGAGAAAUCUGAAAUAGUGCAGAGCCACCUAUAGAUAUCCCCCCAACCCUCUACCUUCCUCCCCGCAGCUUACUGUCACGACGGGGUCGAGCCGGAAAUUGACACAGAUCUUGCGGAGUGUGAGCAAUAACAUAUUUUGCCUGACCUUCUGCUCGAUUAGUGUGUAGAAACUAUUCUCAGUCACUAAUGACAGGAAGGUUAACUCUGCCUUCUGGGUCACUUGCUGACCUCUGACCAGGAAGGGGACGCCCCAGAGGCAGCCGCGCCUGGAGUCAAGCUCACAAGGUAAAAUACUGAGCGAGGGGAAACGAGGAAAUGUUGAGACAAAACAGAGACUAGUUCACUGCCCACAAAUAUGGUACAAAAAACCAAAACAAAGAUACUUUACGAAUAUUAAUGUUAGUUAAUUUUGUCAAAUUUCUUUUGUCAACCGAACUUCCUAUUUUGGUGUUAGUUGGGAAAGUAAGAGAGGACAUGGAAAAUAAGAGGAAAAUGUGAUCCGUUACUUUUUGUUAAUAGGUUGCAUUUGUAAAGUUGGUUACGAUAACGUAAAAAACUCGACCUAUUAGUGGAAAGGACGGGUUAAUGAUUAUCAGCCACGUUAUUGUGGCUUGUUCUCUACAUUCCAAAGAACUUAAUUAAUACAUUUCACUGCAUGAAGCAGACGAACUAACAGAAAGAUUUUUUACGCUGCUGCAUUUGUUAGAGUGUUGGAAGCCCUUCUCAUUGUGUAUGUGAGCCUCAUUUUAAUUAUUUAUUAUGCACCCCAUACCCAUCCCAUGGGCGGUGGUGGAAAGGGUUACAGAGGCACAUAAUGGGUUCAGGAACGGAACCUCAUGGUUCGUUUAGCUAUGCAAGUGACAAUCUCUUGAAGCCAGUAGCAUAAUUGUUAAUAUUACAGACACAUUUACAUAUAUACUACACAUACACAAGUGCAUAUAUAUACUACAUGUACACACAUACAUAUACAUAUCAAUAAUCUUUUUAUAUCACAAGUGAUUCAACAAGAGGCUCACAACAGUCACUAUACAAGGCACUUUACAUCUAUGGUGAGUCACACAAUCUUGCUCCACACCCACCCAACUGGGCGGCAGUUUUACAGUCAUGCAUGCUACUGCAUGACUGUAAAACGGUAAGCAAAUUUUGGAUACUUCGCUAAGAUACCUGAAAGUACAUCAUUAUGAAUGGAGUACUUACACAUUUCUUGGACUCCAUUGAUGGUAUCUCUGAAUUCCGUGAUUUUUUUACAUUCCAGCAUAUAAUGAUGCAAAGUAUGCGAAUAGUUCUGCUGACAGAGUUUACAUUUAGUCAAAUCUACAUCAGCAGAUGUUACAAACUCCCAGAGGUACUUGUAGCCGAGCCUACGCCUAGCAGGGGGCCUCCAACACGAAGGCAACAUGUUACAGUAAGAAAAUAUUCAGAACUUACCAUUUCAACAGAUUGUGUAACAAUUGUACUCUGAUCAAGACAAUAAUAUGAUUGAUUUAUA